AUGACCGAGAGCACUAAUGCCGCGGGGUCUUUCAGACCCCGCAAGUCACUCAUCCUCAAUGCCUUUGUGGAGAUGUGCAGCGGACACCAGUCGCCAGGCCUUUGGCGCCACCCUGAGGAUGAAUCGCAUCGUUUCAAUGAUAUUGACCACUGGGUUGAGUUGGCGCAGUUGCUCGAGUCGGCAAAAUUCCACGGUAUCUUCAUCGCGGAUGUACUGGGCGGGUACGACGUUUAUAAGGGACCACGCAAUCUCGAUCCUGCAAUUAUCUCGGGCGCACAAUGGCCAGUCAAUGAGCCCCUGGCUGUCUUCCCAGCUAUGGCGGCAGCUACCAAAAACAUUGGCUUUGGAGUAACGGUGACGACCACCUACGAGCCGCCAUAUCAUCUGGCGAGGCGACUUUCAACCGUGGAUCACCUCACAAAAGGACGCCUGGGAUGGAAUGUUGUGACAGGUUAUCUUGACUCUGCCGCCCGAAACCUAGGCCAGGCAGAGCAGCCUCAUCACGAUGAUAGAUAUGCCCUGGCAGAAGAAUAUGUCAAAGUUACAUACAAGCUUUGGGAGUCCUCCUGGCGCCAGGAUGCCGUCGUUCUUGAUCGCGAGCGCGGCAUAUACACAGACCCAGCCCUUGUGCGAGAAAUCAACCACAUUGGAAAAUAUUAUAAUGUGCCAGGUCCUCAUAUCUGCCAGCCCAGCCCUCAGCGUACUCCGGUCAUCCUCCAGGCCGGUACAUCGAAGGCCGGAAAGACCUUUGCAGCCCAACAUGCCGAGGCAAUCUUUGUGGCUGGUCAUAGUCCGGCCGUGGUGGCCAAGAACGUUGCUGAAAUUCGCCAGCUUGCGAAGACCCAAUUCGGUCGAGACCCACAGAGUAUCAAGUUCCUGGCUUUGCUGUGCCCGGUCCUUGGUCGUACAGAGGAGGAAGCCGUGGAGAAGUUCAAGUAUUACCGCAGCUUGGGCUCGAUUGAUGGUGCGCUUGCUCUAUUCGGUGGCUGGACUGGUAUUGAUCUGGAUAAGUAUGGCGAUGAUGAAGAGCUGCGUCAUGUCGAGAGCAACGCCAUUAGGUCUGCCGUGGAGGGCUGGUCCAGGGCUACUCCGGAAGUCGCCAAAUGGACCAAGACAACAGUCGGCCAGCACAUCACCGUCGGUGGCCUUGGGGCUACCCCCGUGGGCACAGCUGCACAAGUUGCUGACAGCAUGGAACGAUGGGUGCAAGAAGCCGAUGUCGAUGGGUUCAACCUGGCGUACGCCGUUAAGCCUGGUUCGUUCAAGGAUAUCAUUGAACUACUUAUUCCCGAACUGCGUCGCCGAGGACUCUUCUGGGACGAUUACGCGGUGCCGAAGGGAACUUAUCGCGAGAACUUGUAUUCAACGCCUGGCCAGACGGGCCCAAGGGCUGAUCAUCCGGCUUUUAAAUAUCGGUGGAACGCUGGAGUUGCCGCCGAGGAUCAUCCAGUCCCAGAGAACUGA